CCAAUAAUGAUAAGGCGUCCACCAACCAUUGUUUGCUACAUUUGUGGUCGUGAAUACGGAACAAAAUCAAUCAGCAUCCAUGAGCCACAGUGCCUCAAAAAAUGGCAUAAUGAGAAUAACUUGUUGCCUAAGGAGUUAAGGAAACCAGAACCUAAGAAACAGGAAGUCAGGGCCAUAACUGCCAAAGGUUUCUAUGAUCUCGAUGCCUUAAAUGAAGCUGCUUGGACAAGUGCCCAGAGCCACUUGGUCCCCUGUGACAUUUGUGGGCGAACCUUCCUGCCAGACAGACUGAUUGUUCAUCAACGAUCUUGUAAACCCAAAGCUGCCAAAUAAAGCCCUUUUCUCUCUA